ACAGUGACGUUGUAGAUGCUUUGUGCGCGAAGGUGCAGAAGUUGGCGGUUUGAAUAGAGACAGCACAAGAGGUGAAAAAGAAGGUUCGUUGUUUUUCAAGUCGAGCUGCACUUGACGGCGAUUAAAAGACAAUCUUUCUGCAGAAAUGGAUACCACCGAUGACAUUCUAGUAAAGGAGCUGAGCAAGCGUGCGUCAGGCCAGGCAUUUGAGGUCCUCCUCAGCCCCUCCACUCCUGAUGCCAAGGUGGAGUUCCCAUUGUCUCCCAACAAGAAAAGGGAAACUUCUCUUGAUGAAAUUAAGAAGAAACUGGAAGCUGCAGACUUGAGACGCAGGAGCCACGAGGCCGAAGUUCUCAAACAUUUGGCUGAGAAACGAGAGCAUGAGAAGGAGGUGAUCCAGAAGGCCAUCGAAGAAAGCUGCAACUUCAGCAAGCAGACACAGGAAAAACUCAACCAGAAAAUUGAGGCGAACAAAGAGAACCGCUCUGCUCGCAUGGCAGCUCUCAACGAGAAAUUCAAGGAGAAGGAUAAGAAGCUUCAGGAGGUGAGGAAGAACAAGGAGGCAAUAAAAGAAACUGAGAACUAACCUGUUUGUGCUCUUGGUAACGGUUCUAAUGUGUCCAAAGAUGUAAGCUAUCUAUCAGAAAACCUUCUAAAAUCAUAGUAAGGCUAGGUGUCAUGAUGCUGUAGACUGUUCUGGUUAGUGUUAUAUUUGCUCUGUUGUUUCUUUUCCUCCGGAGUUCUGUUUGGCAGCUGAGUUUUUUUUUAAUAAAGGUUUUUAAUAAAUUGGUUGUCAUAUUUACCAAUACAAAAAGAAAAAAGAAAACGUUUCAGAUUUUUCCAGAUUGUUGACAAUGCUGUAUAUCUUAACUGACUGUUUAA